AUGGAACUUGACGAGGCAUCCACAGCUGACGGCUAUUAUGAUCGAAUCAAGGCUAUUUGUGGACAAAUCAGGGUCAAAGUUUUCGAAGCACUUCAAAGGCUUAGACAGAAUAAUGCUCUAUAUCGUAAUGUUACAAUUAAUCAAUUAAUAAUCAGCAAAUUACCUGAAGAUGAUGUACCGGAGUGUUUAUGGGCAACCAUGGAAGUUUCUACUAAUGUAGAAGCAGCUGAAAAUGAAAGAGCAAGUUACCUUCCUGAUCCGUUGACCAAUGCAUCUGAAUUUAACAAUACAACAGCUAUACCUAUAAUCUCAAGUGCUGUGUUAGAUGUCAAUAGUACCAAAGUGUCGUCUGAUGAAGUUGCUGAACAUCUUUUAGAACGAAUCAAAGCACAAGUGCCAGAAAAAACACACGGAAAAGACACCGAGCAAAACUCUAAACAAGACACUGUAUACAUAAUUCCUCGUGGCAACAAACCGGCCAAUGAAUAUUCUAAUCCAAAUCUUUUAUUAGAAAUCUUUCCUACCCUAUUCCCAUAUGAAUGUGGUGGGCUUGAGGAUGGUUCUCGACCGAUUCAAAUCAAUUUUCGUGAGCAUCUCAGAUAUCUUCUUUCGUAUGCAGAUCGCCGCUUUGAAGAACACUAUUCAUUUAUAUUCGUUGUCUUCAAUAUUUUACAACGCCGAACAGCAUGUUUCCACGCCAAAUUAAUGACAACAAGAUCGUGGUUUCAACAAUCUGCACAAGUUCUUAACUCAUUGAGUUCUGAAGAUGUAGCAGCAGCCCUUAUUAAUAUCUCAAAAGCGCCUUAUUCAAAAGUUACUGACGAGAGAAUAAAUACAUUGAUGAAGCACAUCAAAAUUAUUGGUGGUCACGUCAUGGGUUCAGCUCAUUCCAGAUCAGCUCUUCGAGAAAUUGGAUCGACAGCAAGUGAAGUUAUACCACCAUGUCUUCCAACACCAAAUCCUGCAUCGGAAGACUUCGAUCAAACGUUUCGCAAAGAUGUAGUUCAAUUGGUCGAAACCUGCAAUAUUCACAAGCAUUCUGCAACUUGCUAUAGAUAUUCUAAAGGCAAAAAUGAUAGUUCAAAAAGGUGUCGAAUGGGCAUGCCACGCGCACUAGUGAAUGUUUCUAAUAUUGACCUUACAACAGUGCGUGCCGAUCGAAUAUGGACAUUAAAUUCAUCUGGAGUGGUAAUGAUGCCAAAGCAUUAG